AGGCGGACCUAGAGGCGGGGCCUGACGGAAUACAGUUGGGAAAGGAAACAGACACGACUCGACGGUAAGGACAGUUAGUGGACCGGGAAAGCGGAGUGACCAGUCUCUCAGACAGCUGAUGUAACGUAAAGUAAUGGUGGACAGUUGGCGCUGAGCUCAGAUGGCGGUGUGUGCCAGGCUAUGUGGGGUGGGUCAGUCGCGGCGGUGCAGGCGGAGACAGAGACACGGCCAGCGCGACCAGGAGAGCGACUCUGAGGUGGACAUGGACGAAGAAGAGGAGGAGGAGAAGAUUGUAGGUAAAAGCAAAGCGCGUGCCCUCAGCGGCGGUCAGAAAGGCCGUGGCGCUGUGUGCGACGACGCCUCGGCUGGUCGCAGUGUCGCGGGCUCGGAGGACGAAGAAGACACGGCCUGGGCUGCAGCUGCGCCUCCUCAGCCGCGAUCUCUACUGGAUUUACCGCCCGAGCUUCUGUUAGAGAUCUUCUCUGCUCUGCCCGGCACGGCGCUGCCCAACCUGGCCCUGGUCUGCAAGAAAUUCAGACACAUCCUCAGCACUGAGACUAUAUGGAGAAGACGCUGUGUAGAGGAGUUUGGAAUGAAGGAUGACCUGCGGAAGAUGGAGGUGGCGGGGAUGUCCAGCCGGGAGCUUUAUGUAAAACGUGUGAACCCUAGGGUGAAGUCGGGCCGUUUUAUGAAGCUCCUACCCGAUUAUGAACACAUGGACUACCGGGACGUAUACACAUACUUGCUCCAUCCAUACAGACACAUUUUGGGUCUUUGGCAGCCAGACAUAGGCCCCUACGGUGGUCUGCUAAACGUAGUGGUGGAUGGAUUGUUCAUCAUUGGCUGGAUGUAUCUGCCGCCCCAUGAUCCACGUGUGGAGGAUCCCAUGCGGCGGCGUCCUCUUUUCCGCAUCCACAUGUGGGAGCGUAACAAAGCCACUGUGGAGUGCAUGUACGGCCACAAGGGGCCUCACAAAGGGGACAUCCAGACAGUAAAAAAAGACGAGUUCUCCACCAAGUGCAACCAAACAGAUCACCAUCGAAUGCCAGGGGGUAGACAAGAGGAGUUCCGCACAUGGUUGGAGGAGGAAUGGGGACGGACACUAGAGGAUAUUUUUCAUGAACACAUGCAGGAGUUGAUUCUCAUGAAGUUUAUCUACACCAGCCAGUAUGAUAAUUGCCUGACGUAUCGGCGGAUCUACUUGCCCCCGUGCCUCCCUUCAGACCUGCUGCAGCCGGGCCUCUUUAAAGGUACAUACGGCAGCCAUGGCCUGGAGAUCAUUAUGCUGAGCUUCCAUGGCUCUCGGGCCAAAGCCACCAAACUUACUGGUGACCCUAAUGUACCAGCAGGUCAGCUGACCUUAGACAUAGACCUGAGUCGGUCAGUGCAGCUGCCUGACUUGGAGCACCAGCGAAAUAUUGAUGAGCUUUCUCGCUUGGUGAUGGGAGUACAUGAGGAAAUUCAGAGGGGUUCCCCAGGCAUAGUUGCCCCCACUGUGGGUACUUCAGUGGCAGAGGGCUCUGAUGCUGCCUCUGGCUCUGGAGGCGAGGAUGCAGGGAGUGCUGGAGCUUCUAACAGUCAGGGUGAACCUCAGCCCUUUGUCCUGCCUUUAGGGGUCAUGGCCCGCAAUGAGGUCUACCCACGAUCAUGCAAGAUAUGUUUCUAUGGAACAGGUCUGAUAGCGGGUCAUGGCUUCACGAGUCCAGAGCGCACCCCUGGCCUGUUCGUCCUUUUUGAUGACGAUCGGUUUGGGUUCAUCUGGCUUGAGCUGAAGUCUUUCAGUCUGUACAGCCGCUUGACAGACCAGCUGGAACAUGCUCAGGCUCCCAACAUGGAGCGCUUUGAGGCCAUGCUUCGUAACAUGCAGUCCUGGACAUCCUGAUAGGCAGCCUUUUCCGCCUUGCUUCUUAUUUUACGCAUACUAAAAAGAAUCGGCAGUUCCAGACCUGCUGGGGCACGUCUCUAAUUUGCCUGGCUCGACUUGUGCACUAAUAUUCAAUCCACUGAUAAGUCAAGCUAGGUGAGUUAGAUAAACGUAUGUAAUGCUGUGGUCUUUCAGGAUUGGACCUGCCCAUUUCUUUGCUAUAUGCUUUAAAAUCUGGAUUACAUUCUCAGUCCCUCACAUCCCCACACAACCUGAAGAAACCUCCCAGUAAUUUCAUACAUGCACAAGGAAAAACCUGCCACACAGGUAUGUUUGCAGCUGUAAGUUCAGAUAGGUUGUAUUAUACACGGAUGCUUUCUUAUCAGCUUUUUAAUUAAUUUAUUUUUGUAACCUGGAGAUGAUUAAGAUGAGGAUACAUUUCACCCAUAUACUCCAGAACAAAUUGAGUGUGCCUCUGUAUCAUUAGUAUUAUUUAUCCCGAGACUAGUCUUAGAAAAUUGUAGCUUCCUGUACUGUUGAAGUGACUUAAGUUAUAAGUGAUGUUAAGUUCUAUAAUGAGCUGUCUCUACAAUUAUGGGUUUUUAGCUGUUUGGUUGGUGGUAACUUUUAAUUGUGGUAAUAUAAUGUCUAUUAUUGUCUGAUUUUAUUCUUUUUAAAAGUCUGCCCUGCUGUUUUUGUUGCUUUUAUUAAGGUCAGCAUUGCCCAUGGUGAUGAUUUUUGACUUAUGUUUUGCAUUGAUUUUAUUUAAACAAUUUUAACACAUAUAUACCGUAGCCUGUGGUACAUAUUUAAGGCAAAUUUAAGCCAAACAAACUCUGAUUUACAUAGUUUCCACUUAUCCCUAUUUGUAAUUUAUCAGCCUAAAUAAGCUGAGUGUCUCGCAUUUGCUUCUUUAGUUUUGCAUUACAGCAAAAAGGCUAAUGUAGCUAACAAGUAAUGGGAGCAUUUUUCACCUGAAUUCUUUUAUGAAAUGCCCUCGAACAAAGAAUAUAUAUAUUUAUCAGAUCCCAUUCUUAAGAAGUGCAGCAUGUACUUAUGAUUUAAGUAUAUGUGAUUUCAUUUAAUUUAUAAAAACAAGAACACUGUGAUGUUAUGGGGUCAAUAAUCUUGGACAAUCAGUAGGUAGUGCAAUUGUUUUUUUCCAUAUCAUUUUGUCCCAAAGUUGAAAGGUUCUACUGGAAAACUAGCAAGUUAUGUAGAUGAUAUAAUAUAUAAGUAAGAUUCUACUUAAAUGUAAUUGCCUAAUAGAAAGACGUUUUAUUUAUAUAUGACAUUACGCAGAAUCGCAUUUAAGCAAGCAUAUGGAGAUUUGAGCCUGUAUUUAUAGAACAAGAUUUCCAUUAUUAUUUAGCUACAUUAGCCUUGUAGCUCCAAUGCAAAGCAGAAAAUUUUGGAUAUGAAACAUUUUUUUCCUGUUAAACUACUUUAAUAAUAGAUGAAACUUUGUUUAAAUCUGAUUUCUGAAUUAUUUAUUUAUUACCUGGUUAGUAUUAUGAACUUUUUGCUGGUAUCAUAAAACCGACAGGUAGGUGAUAAACCCAUCAAGCGCAAGCAAAUCAGCCUUACCUGAAAACAGAUCUAAGAUCUUAUUGUAUGAACAUAUAUUGUGAAGAAUGUGCAUGCACUAAUGUACUAAUGCAUUUCUCUAAUGUGGGUGAAUUCACUCAAUUGGCAAUCCUUCGUUUUAUUGCUUUGUAUCUCAGGUGCCACACCUAAGUAUCUAUUCCCUUGAAUAAUAUGCUUAAAAUACAUAAAAAUGUCAUACUAAUUUAAAUCACAUAUUGCAAGUAGUGAAUGUUCUGAUUGUAGUCUUCUCAAAUUUAGCUUUUCUCUGUCAGGAAAAAAAAUGUAUUGUUGAAAUUGUAUAAAGGUAAAUGUGCAUUGGCUGACUGGUGGAAUGGGCCUGCCUUAGCUUCCAUUAAUCAAAAACUCAGCCCUUGUCCUGCCUUCAGCAGAUUCACUGGAAAGAUCCAGAGAUUUGUGGUGCUCAGAGUGACCAGUGACACUUUUCCACAUCUAGUCAAAAGAGUCGUUGGGCGUCUUUAAUAACAUCUAUAUUGGCAUGCUUUUCCAACAUUAUAUAUUGGAGCAUGGAAGAUUUUAAUUUCCAAGACCCUUUUCCUCCAGCAGACCAACAGAUAUUACAAAAUACAAAUGCUUCCUUGUGUUUUGAUAAGGUUCGAUCACAAAGCUGUGCAGCAACUCCCCUCAAAGUGCUCUUUCCUAGACAGCAUAGGCAUUGACCACAGACUAGCCAUCUGUGUGUACUUUUGUAUUGAACUGCAGCUUUGCAAAAACUAACCAUUAUAAUGUAAAAUAAAUGAUAUGUAAAGUGGAAAGUAUUUAAUUAAUAUAUUUCAGCUUUGUUUAUGGGUCAUUGUGCACAUAUUUGCAUAUGCUAAGCAUACCGCCUGUUUGUCGUGUGACCUCUCCACUGUUCCAAGUCGAGUAUAUUCAUCAGGUUGAUUUUCUGAGAAUCAGAUGUCUAAUGUAAAACAUCAUCACAUGACUUCAGGGAGCUUUGAAGCUUACAUGUUCAUCUCUUCCCAAUAAAUUAGAAUAAACUUUAA